CGUUCCCAGCGAUUACGCUUGGGCGCACUUUAUCGGUCACAGGAGUUUCUUAUCUCUUUCCACUAACCCAGCAAACGCCACUGCGUUUCGACCUGGAGCAUGGUGCCGGUCGGGACGCGUUACAAGUUGAGGGAUGCCCACCGCUUCCAUGCUACGAGUACGACAGAUGCCUGUCCGUACGAGAGAGGCUCACCAACAAAACGACCGGAGAAAGGACAUAGCGUUCACAUCGGCAGCAAGUACCAGGCCCGGGUUCCUCGUACUGUGCCACCAGAUCUUCCGCCCGCCGACUCUGCGCCUGACAGGGCAGUUCAAGUAUGGUCUCCCAGAAGUGGUAUUUCGGACAGUGAGCUGGAUGCUUACACUAGCUUCGCUGCCGAACUGUACGGCUACAACGAAGAGCAAGCCCUGGGAUUGCUUCAGUGGCAUGGGCACGACCUGGAUAAAGCGAUUUCCGAGCUCGGAAACUUUGUACCUAUCGUAGACGAGUGGACGGCGGAGGACGAUGCACGGUUCGAGAACGCGUUGGUUGUUCACAGCAAGAACUUCCGCGUGAUACAGCGCAUGUUUCCGAAAAAGACCAUUCCCAGCCUAGUGAAGCACUACUACCUCUGGAAGCAGACGCGAACGUACACGAGCUUGCUGGAGCAUCGGAUACUGCGUCCGACCACAACACCACGUGGUAGAUGGAUCUUUGAAAACGGAAAAGCGCAGGGUGGUAGCACUCGCAUCAGAAAAGGCACCAUCUGCGGCCGCUUCUUGGAGCGCGUUGGUGGCGACUCUGAGAAGAACGGCAGCUUUCAGCGUGAUCCAGAAAAAGCAGUCGCAACCGCAAGGAAGGAUCGGUAUCAGCAACGCUAUUUCUGCCUGAAACGUGGAGACCUCGAGCAGUUAACUCAAGGAUUGCCAUACGAGUUUGACUCCACCAUGCAGGCGAUGGACCGUGAAAUUGCAAACAUGCGAAAACAGGUGCAGAAGAACAAGCAGGACCUAAGCCGAAUGAAGCAUCUGUAUGCCAGAAGUAUCGAUGUGGUUCUUCACUUUCAUGACAACGGACUGCUGUGAGCUCGUGGCAUGUCACAGGCUGAAUGCCACCACGGCAUCUAUGACGUGGACAAGAAACCUCUAGAACUGAUGCGUCACUUAAUAUGCAUAACAUUUCAUUUGUGCUGAGUGGUACUGGAAAUUACGUGCAAUGUUUGGCUAGUCAUUGACUGUUUACCGUUACAGAAGUUCACAACUGUUAUAAUAUUUUUAUAAUGUCUUCACAAACUGUUAUGCGCAGCCGAUGGGACUUGAGGUGUCCACAGUUUGCCCAGAAUACCAUGCUUUUACUAGGCCCAGCUUGUUUCAGAUGCCUUUUAUUGAUCGGCUGUCUACUCACUACCCCAUCUAGUCAGUGCAUUUUCAUCUUAACAUGUGCAUUACCGUUUCACCAAUUUCACAUUGUGUACAAAGAAACUUGGAUAUCAUACCUAAAUAUUUGCUUUUUUGCUCCUAAAGCAGUGAUAAUCUGCACAAUUCUCAUUAAACUGCCUCAUAUUUACACUGCCAUUUACCGACUUUUGUGUAGUCGCACACAUCACUGGUUUUGUUUUAGUGCUGCUCACAAAGAUUGUUGAGAGGAAUGCAUACAUGUCUGAGGGUAAGUGCAAUGUUUGGCUAGUCAUUGACUGUUUACCGUUACAGAAGUUCACAAUUGUUAUAAUAUUUU